AUUUGAUAAACAACAAAAAAACCAAUCAUCAUCUCCAUCUUCUUCUUCUCUCACUACUUUCUCUCUCUAGAAAAAAAAUUCUCUCAAUCCGCAUUAUACAACGAUCUUAUCAUCAACAUCAUCUGCUAUUAACAAUAACAGACUCACCAGUUCACACCUCAUAUAAUUGACACGAAGUUAAACGGGUGGGUAAGGGCUUGAGUUAAACGGGUUCGGGUCGCUGAGACAAGAAGAAGAAGAAGAUUAAGCACUGCUGCAGCAUCUAUGUUGAACUUAUUCAACCUAAAGAGGCUAUCUUGGGGAAAUGACACAGAUGAUGGGAAACAAAAGGUUGCAUUAUCUGCUACACAAGUAGAAUCAAUCCGCUCAGAACUUGCUGAUUUAGAGGAACGAGAAGCUCAUCUAAAAGCUCGGUUGGAACAUAUUGAUGAAAUUCUGCGUUCUGCUCGUCUUUCAGGCUAUUUACAGAUGCGAACUAGAUGGACCGCACUUCCUGGAGAACCAGCACCUCUUGAUGAUUCUGAAGUUGAUGACUGGCUUCCACGAUUCGUUGUUCUUCAAGGAACAUGCAUUUUCUUGUAUUUUGUGUCCACAGAUCUAAGUCCACAAGACUCCACCCUUUUGUCUGAUGUUGUGGAAGUUGGACAUAUGCCAUGUCAUACUCAAGAAGACGAUGACGCUGCUCGGUAUCAUUUUUACAUAGUUACGCGUCAGGGAUUGAGAUAUGAAUGCUCAAGUGCUUCAAAAUUGCAGGUGGAUGCUUGGGUGGCAACGUUGCAAGACGAGUGCAAGUUGGGAUCAGAUUCAACCACUCUUGAUCAUUUAUCUGAUACAUCAAAGUAAUUUGUGCAAAUUUUAGGAUUUUAUUUGUACAGUUGUUGGUUAUUGGGUUAUUCUGUACAUACACAUAAUGCUACCACUCAAUAAAAUAUCUUGUAAAUUCUGUCAUUUGUGGUUCUGGAAGCCAAGUAGGGGUAUGAAUAUGUCGUUGAUUA